GAUGGUCUUGACCAAAACUGAGGCUGCUGUGCUGAAACUGGUGACUACCUAAGAGUUUGGUAGAAACACCCUACAUGACGCCAGUGAACCUCAGUAAUCUGCAUUUCCCUUCCUCUGGGAUUGAUCUUUCAGAUUUACCAUUUGUUAUAGUGGUCUGGGCUCACCAAAUAUGAGCAGAUUUUCUUAAGUUAGUGGUUACAGGCUGAUUGAUGGACUGUCAUGGACCUUCGCAACAUCAGCAAAAGCCUUAUGUACAUGUAUCGUGUACAACAAUUUCUCUCCACCAGCAAACUUUCUCUCUAGGUCAGUCAAAGCAGUCCUCAGAUAUCACCAGGUACCUUCAUCAUGAUCCAACAUCGUGCAUUUAUGAACAGCUUGAUUAGGAUCAUCCACAUGACAAAUGGCCUUGUUACGACUCGACGAAGAAGACUUACCCCAGCAAGUGUCGCUGAAUUUCUUGGAUUUCAGUAAACUGAAGAUUCGUACAAAAGAAGAUUUAAACUCUGCUUUAUGGAAGCUUCCUGAACUCCGACUUCGACAGGAGCAACUGUCCGAGAAGGACAUUCUUGGUCUACAUCAAAUAAGGUCCUCUCCUAUUGCGGCAUUAGAACAUUACCAUUUUAUUGACCCCAUUCCAUUGACCAUGCAAAACAUUAAGAUCAGAGAUUUAAGUCAAGUGGAUAUUGAUUGGAAGAUGUUGACCUUAUCUCGGCCCCAAUCAAAAAUUGACGAGGAUGCCUUUAGUAGAUUUAUAGAACUGGACAAACUUAGUGUAAAAACAAUGCUAGCGGAUGGAAAUGUAAUAUCUAAAAGAAAUGUAGGUACAGCCGGAAGUUUUCGGUCAAUAAAGCCUAGCAGGUCUCUUCUGAACGUAAAAUCUUGUUCUUCUGGAAACAGAAAUAAACACAAUGCUGAUGAAUCAGAGGAAGAAAAAGAACAUGAGACCCUGCAAGAGUUUUCUUAUAGUUUUUACGAACGUGAAGCUCGAGAAGAAGAAAGUCGAGGGUCAUCAGAUAUCCCAGAUUUGCUGGCCCUAACUGAGAAUCUCUUCAUACCUGCAAAACAAAGAGGAAAAAGAAAAGACAAAGAUCAUGCUGAAUCAUCUAGACCUAAUGAAAAACGAGAGAGCAUUAUUUCAAGACAGAAAGGCAAAAAGAAAACGAAGAAAAAAUGUUCGUCCUCUAAGUUGAACUCAGGAAAAUCACCUUCACUGUUGGACACUAAAACACGCUCAAAUUCGGUUUUGGAUCGACCACGAAGCGUUACACCUACCCCUUUUGGAGACAAUAAGCAUCAACAACUUUCUACGAUAAAGAAAAAACAGGAAACUAAGAAAAAUGAACAUAUUCAAAAGAAAGCCACAAUGCCAAACAAUUAAGCUAAAAAAUAAAUGAUCAAAUACAUCCAUUUUUAUAUAAUAUGUAUUUGUCCUUUUGUGUAUUAUCAGAUAUAUUUAAGUUCCAUUAUGUAACAAAACUUAUAUAUAUAUAGUAUAACACUUACCUUAAUAGUUCAUAUUUCCCCGUCCUCCUCCUAGUAAGGUAAGGGUUUUAGAUCUGUUUAACAUCAGUUUGUAAUUAUUAAAUAAAAGGGUGCAGGUUGAAAGUAUUUUAAAAAUAUAGGGUGGUCUAUUUCUGCUAUGAGAAUAUUUUUGUCUUUUUGUACAUCUCAUAAAAAGGGUGGAUGUUUGGAGUUUUACAUUGCAGAUAUUCAGUGUGGUUUAUUUCUACUUUAAGGUUGUAUCUAAGUAUUAAGGAUAACUGCUUUCCCACAAUUGGCUGCAGACAGCGAAUGACAGUAGGAGUUGAGACGUUGUGGGUUUAAGCACUCAACUCCUAACUCUUAACUGAUUUUUCUUAGUUGCUGGCUAGUUUGACACCGGGGUCUGGAUCUAGACUGAUAGAUGGAAUAUUCCCAACAUGUUUAGCUGCCAUGGCCACAGACAUUAUCUGUUAUGAAUUUUAAUGAUGACAACAAGGGCCGGUAGUAGAAAGAUUAAUUGUGACUUUUGCGUAUCUUUGUAAUGCAUUUGAUUUUUAUAGCAUGAUCACCAUAGAGCUACAGUUUCAAGGUAUACCACUCUACAGCUGGUAACAUAAUUACAUCUUGUAGGUAUUGCACUGUCAAAUGGUCAGGAAAUCACGGUAAGAAAUACUUAGUAUGUUCUAAACAUGUCGUUCAUAUCUCUUCGU